GUCAACCAUCUCCAUCUGCCUCCAUCUGCCUCCAUCUGCCUGCCUGCUUGAUUCCUCCAACGAACGCACCAUGGCCCACGUCCCUGAGCACGACCGUAUUUUGGAUACCAUCCUCGAGCACGUCGGCGGAACCCCGUGCGUCCGUCUCAACCGCAUCCCUCAGUCGCUCGGCAUCGAGUGUGAAGUUGUCGUCAAGUGCGAGUUCUUCAAUGCUGGUGGAUCCGUCAAGGACAGAAUUGCCAAGCGCAUGAUCGAGGCUGCCGAGCAGGACGGCCGCCUCAAGCCUGGCUACACUGUCAUCGAGCCCACUUCCGGCAACACCGGCAUCGGUCUCGCUCUGGCCGCCGCUGUCAAGGGCUACCGAGCCAUCAUCACUCUCCCCGAGAAAAUGAGCAAGGAGAAGGUUGAUGUCCUCAAGGCCCUUGGCGCCGAGAUCAUUCGAACUCCCACCGAGGCUGCUUGGGACUCCCCCGACUCCCAUAUUGGUGUCGCCAGACGCCUGAACAAGGAGAUCCCCAACUCCCUCAUUCCCGACCAGUACUCCAACGUCAACAACCCGCUUGCCCACUACGAAGGCACUGCCGAAGAGAUCCUGAGACAGUGCGGUGGCAAGAUCGACAUGCUCGUCGCUGGUGCCGGAACUGGCGGAACCAUUGCUGGUAUUGCCAAGAAGCUGAAGGAGAAGGUCCCCGGCAUCAAGGUCGUCGGCGUUGAUCCCAACGGCUCGAUCCUCGCCCUGCCUGCCGAGCUUAACAAGGAGGGCAUCCACAGCUACGCCGUCGAGGGCAUCGGAUACGACUUUGUUCCCGAGGUGCUCAACCGCCAGUACAUUGACGAAUGGGUCAAGACCGACGACAAGGAGGCCUUCAUCAUGGCCCGCCGCCUGAUUCGCGAGGAGGGCCUGCUGUGCGGUGGCUCUUCCGGCACCGCUCUGGUUGGUGCCCUCAAGGCUUGCAAGCAUCUCAAGAAGGGCCAGCGUGUCGUCGUCAUCCUCCCGGACUCUGUCCGCAACUACAUGACCAAGUUCCUGAGCGACGAGUGGAUGAAGGAGAACGGCUUCACCGAUGCGGCCACCGAGAAGGCCGAAGCGGACAAGAAGCUGCAGUGGGGCGGUGCCAAGAUCAAGGACCUCGGUCUCCAGAAGGCCAUCACCGUCCCCGAAUCGACCACCAACAAGCAGGCGGUCGACAUCAUGCAAUCCAACGGCUUCGACCAGCUCCCUGUCGUCUCCUCUUCCAACAGCAAGAAGCUCGUUGGCCUGGUGACUCUUGGAAACGUCCUGGCCAAGAUCGCCUCCGGCCGCAGCUCGCUCGACUCGUCUGUUUCCGAGACGCUCUUCUCCUUUUUCAACCAGAGCGGCGCUAGCAGCAGCAGCAAGUCUCACAAGUAUAUCGAGAUCACCCCGGAGACUCCGCUGGAGUCCCUGUCGCACUUCUUCGAGAAGCACUCCUCGGCCGUCGUCACUGAGCAGACCGGUGCCAGCGGCGACUUUGAGGUCCGACACGUUGUGACCAAGGUCGACCUGCUUGCCUAUUUGGUCAAGCAUCCCUCGCUCAGCACGGCUCAGUAAGCCUCCUUUCCCACGACGGCCAGCAUGGCUCCAGUUUGUACUUUUCCUAGCAUUUGUGUUUGCGCCCUCUUGUGCGGAUUUUCAAUACAGCUCCAAGAAAAAACGGGACGCCCUGUUUGUUUGAGAUAUCAUCGCAUACAUUUGAGUGACAGACCGUCGCCGAUACGCACGACCGUGAUUGUCAAAAUAUUGGACUUGGC